CCUCAGUCUGAUCGCAUUGUGCUCUGCUCAUCCAGUGCCUUAAACAUCACCGCUCCCUAAAACCCACCGGCACAACCCGCAACUCCGUGCGCAUCCCGAAAGCUCCAGAUCAACCACGACCAUGGACAACAUCGCCGUCGCAUACAAAGAGAAAAUGAAGGAGAUGUCUGUGUUCUCGCUCAUAUGCUCCUGUUUCAACCCGAGGCUACAGAAAAACCUGGACGCCAAGACAGAAGCAUGCAUGGAGGUAAAGCCCAUUAACAAACGGGCUUCUGGCCAGGCCUUUGAAGUGAUCCUGAAGGCCCCUUCUCCAGUAUCAGAUGUGGCCCACAGCAUCGCAUCCGGUCCCAAAAAGAGGGACAUCUCCCUGGAAGACAUUCAGAAGAAACUAGAGGCUGCUGAAGACCGCAGGAAAUCUCAGGAGGCCCAUGUGCUGAGAGCUCUAGCUGAGAAACGGGAGCAUGAGCGGGAUGUCUUGUUCAAAGCCAUGGAGGAGAACACCAAUUUCAGCAGGAUGGCUGAGGAAAAACUCAUUUAUAAAAUGGAGCAGAUCUCUGAGAACCGCCGGGCUUACCUAGCAGCCAUGAUGGAGCGCCUUCAUGAGAAGGAGCUACAUGCUACUGAGGUCCGCAGGAACAAGGAGCUGAGAGAAGAGAUCACAGCAUGAAAACAUCAUCCUUUUCCUCUUCCUCGCCAUUCAUCAGCCCACUUGUCCUCUUCUCAUGUACCAACACUCCCCUCUUGAACACACACACACACACACACACACACACACACACACACACACACACACACACACACACACACACAAAGCACUAUCCAGCAA